AUGUCGGCCAACGGGGGCCCUCCGCCACAAGGCGGGGCCGAACAAGGUCCCAAGUCAAAGAAGAACAAGUACAGGAAGGACAAGCCCUGGGACCAUGAUGGGAUCGACCACUGGGCGCUGCCCAAGUUCACACAGGAGGAUAACCCCACUGGUCUCCUGGAGGAGAGCUCUUUUGCUGUGCUGUUCCCGAAAUACAGAGAAAAAUACCUGCAAGAAGUUUGGCCCAUUAUUGUCAGAGCACUUGACAGCCAUGGCAUCAAGGCGGAGCUGAACUUAGUGGAGGGGCACAUGAAGGUCAAGACCACAAGGAAGGCUUGGGAUCCUUACAUCAUUAUCAAAGCAAGGGACUUGAUCAAGCUGCUUGCCAGGAGCGUGCCUGCUCCCCAGGCCCUGAAAAUUCUGCAUGAUGAUGUAUCUUGUGACAUCAUCAAGAUCUCUGGCAUGACUACAAACAAGGCCCGUUUUGUCAAGCGCCGGCAGAGGCUUAUAGGUCCCAGUGGUUCCACUCUGAAGGCCCUGGAGCUGCUGACUGGCUGCUAUGUCUUGGUACAAGGCAACGCGGUUGCCGCUAUGGGCAACUAUAAGGGCCUGAAGCAGGUGAGGAAGGUGGUGGAGGACUGCAUGAACAACAAGCACCCCAUUUACCACAUCAAGACCAUGAUGAUAAAGAGGGAACUUGCCAAGGACCCUGCGAUGGCUGAAGAGAACUGGGACAGAUUCCUACCCAACUUCAAAAAGAGGAAUGUGAAGAGCAAGAAACCCAAGGGCCUCAAGGACAAGAAACAGUAUACGCCCUUCCCACCUCCCCAGAUGCCCAGGAAGGAGGACCUGCUCAUGGAAACAGGCGAGUACUGGCAGAGCGACUUUGAGAAGAGGAAGCGCCAGAAGCAGGAGAAAAAGAAGAAGCAGGCAGAGAAAGCGGUUCAGAGGGAGGAGAGAAGGUUGCAAGAUAGCAGGGAGGAACCUGUGGCUGAACGCCCAAGCAAUGGGCACCAUCAGGAGGAAGGUGGAGAUGUGCAGCAGCUUGUUCAGUCCCUGCGAAGCAAGCGAACUUCAGACGCGUCCAAAGAUCGCAGUGCUGCCAUGAACAUGGCCACCUUUCUUACACCCGAAGCCCAGCAUGUGGUGAACACCGAGCAGAGCGCGGACGGGCGGAGGAAAAAGGGCAAGCGCAAGGCAGCUGGCAAAGAUGUCCCCCCAUCUCCCACGGAGCUUUCAGAACGAGGGACUGCAGGGAGUGGGGGGGCAACUGCAUCGGGGCGCAAGAAAAGGAAGGAUGCCAAGCGGGCAGAGGGGCACAGGUAA